ACCCUUUGUCUCCUGUGCCAAUCAUUCAUUCGUUUUCCUCAUCUCAUCUUACUUGUAUACCGUAUACGUAUAGGAAAUAUAACUCGACACACAGAUAAAAAGAGGGUAGUUUUAAUUUUAAUAUUGCUGUAUAGAGGGAUCGAUCUGCAGAUCGCUCUCUCUUGAUUUUUCUUGAUUUUUCAACAAUGGGUUUAUGGGAAGCUCUUCUUAAUUGGCUCAGAAGCCUCUUUUUUAAGCAAGAGAUGGAGCUUUCUCUGAUAGGGCUUCAAAAUGCUGGAAAAACUUCACUUGUUAAUGUUGUUGCGACUGGUGGAUAUAGCGAAGACAUGAUUCCUACAGUUGGAUUUAAUAUGCGGAAGGUAACUAAAGGAAAUGUCACAAUCAAGUUGUGGGAUCUUGGAGGUCAACCCCGAUUCCGUAGCAUGUGGGAGAGAUAUUGUCGUGCAGUUUCUGCUAUAGUUUAUGUUGUUGAUGCUGCUGAUCCUGAUAACCUCAGUGUAUCCAAAAGCGAACUCCAUGAUUUGCUAAGCAAAGCAUCACUUGCUGGUAUCCCUCUGCUAGUGUUAGGAAACAAGAUUGAUAAAGCUGGAGCACUCUCUAAGCAGGCUUUGACAGAUCAGAUGGGGUUGAAAUCCAUUACUGAUAGAGAAGUAUGCUGCUACAUGAUCUCGUGCAAGAACUCGACCAACAUUGACUCAGUCAUUGAAUGGCUCGUUAAGCAUUCCAAAUCAAAGAGCUAAGCAAACUAGCCCAUCCAUCUGGGCAUUUGGGUUGUGACUUUCGAUAUUUCUGGAAGUUGAGGUUUUUGGGCUGUGUUGGUUAGAGUUGUUUGGAUUUGGCUUUGUUAUGUCUCUUCUACUUCCUUCUGAGCUGCUGUGUAUUGUAUGUACAUUUAAGAUGUUGACUUAUUAUACUUCCUGAUUGAUGAUGAUAUUUCAUUAGAUUGUCUGAUGGUUUUCUUGA